AUGCCUGCGGACGAGAACGAGUCCGAUCCCCCUAAGCGCGAUGUGCGCAACCACAUGCUGUUCGAAAUUGCCACCGAAGUCGCCAACCGCGUCGGAGGUAUCUACUCCGUGCUCAAGUCCAAAGCUCCCGUCACCACCGCCGAGUAUGGCGACCGAUACACCCUCAUCGGGCCUCUCAACCGCGCCUCCGCGGCGGUGGAGGUCGAAGAAUUGACCCCCUCUAACCCUCGCAUGCUCGAGACCAUCCAAUCCAUGAAGGAGCGCGGGAUUGAUAUUGUCUACGGCCGCUGGCUGAUCGAGGGCGCUCCCCGCGUGCUUCUGAUCGACACCGGCACUGGUUACAAGUAUCUGGAUGAGUGGAAAGGCGAUCUCUGGAACCUCGCCGGUAUCCCCUCCCCCGCAGCGGAUACCGAGACCAACGAAGCGAUCGUCUUUGGGUACUUGGUCGCCUGGUUCCUGGGUGAGUUCAUCGCCCACGAGCGUCGUCGUGCCGUGGUCGCUCAUUUCCACGAAUGGCUCGCCGGAGUGGCCCUCCCCUUGACGAAGAAGCGCCACAUGGACCUGACCACCAUUUUCACCACCCAUGCGACUCUUCUCGGUCGCUAUCUCUGUGCCGGUUCCGUCGACUUCUACAACAACCUCCAGUACUUUGAUGUCGACGCCGAAGCCGGUAAACGAGGCAUCUAUCACCGAUACUGCAUCGAACGCGCGGCUGCCCACUCUGCCGACGUGUUUACCACCGUCUCCCAUAUCACCGCGUUCGAAAGCGAACAUUUGCUCAAACGCAAGCCCGACGGCGUACUGCCCAACGGGCUGAACGUUAAAAAGUUCUCCGCUGUGCACGAGUUCCAGAAUCUCCACUCGCAGUCUAAGGAGAAAAUCAACGACUUUGUGCGCGGACACUUCUACGGCCAUAAUGACUUCGACCUGGAUAACACCCUCUACGUCUUCACGGCGGGUCGGUACGAGUUCCGGAACAAAGGCGUGGACAUGUUCAUCGAGGGUCUGGCCCGCCUGAACCAUCGGCUCAAGUCCAGUGGGUCGAAGACGACGGUGGUGGCCUUCAUCAUCAUGCCCGCACAGACGACGUCCCUGGCUGUGGAGGCUCUCAAGGGACAGGCCGUCGUGAAGUCGUUGCGGGACACAAUCGAGAUCAUCGAGAAGGGCAUCGGAAAGAGAAUGUACGAGCGGUGUCUCGCGUGGAAGGAGGGCGAGAACAUGCCGGACGAGAAGGACCUGAUGGCCAGUCAAGAUCGCGUGCUACUCCGUCGGCGCCUGUUCGCGAUGAAGCGACACACGCUGCCGCCCAUUGUCACCCAUAACAUGGUCAACGAUUCAGAAGAUCCGAUCUUGAACCAGAUCCGUCGCGUGCAGCUCUUCAACCAUUCGUCGGACCGCGUGAAGAUUGUCUUCCACCCGGAGUUCCUGAACUCCUCCAACCCCGUGCUGCCGCUGGACUACGAUGACUUUGUUCGUGGCACGCACCUGGGAGUCUUCCCGUCCUACUAUGAGCCGUGGGGAUACACGCCCGCCGAAUGUACGGUGAUGGGGGUUCCCAGCAUCACGACCAAUCUCUCCGGUUUUGGAUGUUACAUGGAGGAGCUCAUCGAGAACUCGUCCGACUACGGAAUCUAUAUUGUGGAUCGUCGGAUGAAGGGGGUGGACGAUUCUGUGAACCAGCUGACCGAAUUCAUGUACCAAUUUGUGCAGAAGAGUCGCCGACAGCGUAUCAACCAGCGAAACCGCACGGAGCGACUGAGCGAUCUUCUCGACUGGAAGCGUAUGGGACUGGAAUAUGUCAAAGCUCGCCAGCUGGCACUCCGGCGCGCGUAUCCCUCGUCGUUUGACGGCACAGAGGACUUUUACGAUAUUAUCGGCGGUACCGAACAGAAGAUCUCGCGCCCACUGUCUGUGCCUGGCUCCCCGAGAGAUCGCUCGGGCAUGAUGACCCCGGGAGAUUUUGCCUCGCUCCAGGAAGUGAAAGAAGGACUGAGCACGGAGGAUUACAUUGCAUGGCGGCUGCCGACCAGCGAGGAAGAAGAGUCGGAUGACCACCUGUUUCCACUGACGUUGCGCAUGAAGAAAUCGUCCGAUCGGCCGUCGUCACCACUGGACCGCAUAUCGGUUAAUGGCGGGCGCUGA